CACACACCACACCGAUGACACCAUCGCUUCCGAAGUCGUUGACGGACGAGCCGAUCAACCCAACCAACAUCCCCCAAGCUGAAGCCGGCCAAACGCACCCACGUCGUCUUCCCUCCCUUCUCCUCCCCACCACAUCGAUCGUUCGGCCGAAACCCACGGCAAGCUCGGCGGAGCAAGGACCUCGAGCGCGGCGAUAGACCGACAUGGUGCUGCUACAAGGGGCUGCCUCGCCGUUGCUCCUCCUCCUGCUGUUCGCCACGGCGGCCGCGGCGGCGCCCAUGGAGCUCUACUUCUCGCAGGCGGAGCUGGCGCGCAUUGCCGGGUACGGCGAGGAGCCGGUCUCGACGGUGCUGGUGUCCGGGCAGGUCGCGUGCCAGCUCUGCCUCCGGCCAGGCUCUGACCUUCUCACCUUCGACCUGCCAGGUAGUAAGGUGGCAGUAACCUGCACAACUGAAGGUUGGAACACCAUGGCUAACUCUGCAUUUGCAACAACAAACGAGUACGGCAUUUUCUCUAUAGAGCUCCCGUCCCGGCUCCACGCUACACCAAGCCUGGAGAAUGCAUGCUCAGUCAAGGUGCUGGAGCUUCCGCCGGACUCCGCGUGCCGUGUCGGCGGCAGUCACGUGUCCUCUCACGGCCUCCGGCUAUCUUCAUCGGACGGCAGCGUCCGGACCUACACAGCAGGGGUCAUACGGCUGCAGCACGACGGCACACCAGCCAAUAAGUGCGUGCAGGAAGAGGACACGAGUGAUAGGAGAUGAACGAUGGUCAGUUCGGAUCUUCGUUUGAGUUCAUGUUUCUCAUGGUUCUUCGAGGGAACGUAAAGAUCAAGUGGAGGCGCUGCACGCUUUCGCCUCCCGUAUAGCAUUGGUGAAGCACAUACAUGUAGAUUAUAGGUGUGUUUGAUAGACAGCCACUCUGGUAUGGCUAUUCUCUCCUGAGACAUGAUGAUAAAAGCAAGUUUGUGUAUAUACAACUGUGAUGAUGUGUUUAAUAGCAUGUUCUCAUAUGUUGAGACAUGCUAAGCUGAGAUCUUGUAUGAUGACGAUUGACGUGUGUAUCUACUGAGAUAUGCUGAGCCGAGGCUUUGUUUGGUAA